CUUAUCACUUUUAUCAACCACAAAAAAAAGUCAAGGCUACAAUCAAACAGCCUUUGAUUGUGGUACAAUACAAUAAAUAAACGUCUUUAACUUCCUGAUAAUCAUUUCAUUUGUUUCCUUUUUCCUUAUAACAUACCAUCACAAUGCCAGACCAAAAGAAAAGUAAAAAGAGCGGCGGCGCCAAAAAGCAAGCCGACUCUGUCAUCACCGAUCCUCGUUUCGCCAAUAUUCAAACAGAUCCUCGUUAUCGUCUACCCAGUAAACGGCAGACACAUGUGAAACUCGACAAGCGUUUCGCGCACAUGCUGCACGACAAAGACUUCUCUCGGAAUGCCGCAGUCGACCGAUACGGACGGAAGCUUGCCCGUGAUGAUACGAAGAAGCAGCUGGAGAGAUUCUAUCGACUUGAGGGGGACGAGGAGGACGAGGAAGACGAGGAACAUAUGAGCGUGGCUGACGACGAUGAGGUUCUUAAAGAACUGAAGAAGGCCGAUAAGGCUAGUGGCACUUACGAUCCUGCACGUGAUGGAGGCUUUUCGUCUUCGUCCUCGGAAGAGGAGAGCUCUGACGAAGAUGAGGACGAGGAUGAUGAAUUUGGUACAGGCGAGGAGCUUGAGUUUCCGGAUAAACAGCAGAGUGGCGUCCCCACAGGUGAUGUGACGGAACGGAUUGCGGUAGUGAAUCUGGACUGGGAUAAUAUACGGGCAGAGGAUUUGAUGGCUGUGUUCUCUAGCUUUGUUCCUACUGGUGGACGGGUACUGAAGGUUUCCGUCUAUCCGAGUGAGUUUGGAAAAGAGCGCAUGGAGAGAGAGGAGACGGAGGGUCCUCCAAGAGAGAUUUUUGCUGCGAAAGACGAUGAUGAGUUCGAAGGGUUCGAAGAUGACGGCUCAGAUGUCGACUCAGAUGAGGAAGAGGAGGAGAUUAAAAAGGCAAUGCUGAAGGAAGACAAGGGCGAGGAGUUCAACUCUACGGAACUACGAAAGUAUCAAUUGGAACGACUACGCUACUUCUAUGCUAUUUUGACUUUCUCGAGCAAGGAUGUGGCGAAGCAUGUCUACGAUUUGGUCGAUGGCGCUGAGUAUCUGUCGAGCGCAAACUUCUUUGAUCUUCGUUUCGUCCCCGACGACACCGACUUUUCCGAUGAUAAGCCUCGUGACGAAUGCAAACGGAUUCCAGAUGGUUAUCAGCCGAAUGAAUUCGUGACCGAUGCGCUCGCCAGUGAUAGCUCCUCUGAGGACGAGGAUGAGGACGGUGGAGUGGAAGUUGUAGAUACUACAAAGGAAGACGGCGGAAGUUCUAAGAAAAUCUCAAAGAAAGAAGACGAGAGACAGCGUAUGCGUGCUCUCUUAGGGCUGGGUACGGAGCCAGCACCUUCCUCUAAGUCAGACGGCCCUGUUGGCGAAAUGGAAGUCACCUUCACCUCGGGUCUGGCCGGCGGCUCCAACAAAGACAGCAUAUUUGAAAAUGAACCCGAGAAAGACGAGACUACGAUCGAGAAAUACAUCCGCAAGGAGCGUGAGAGGAAGAAGCGGAGAAAGGAGAAGUUGAAGGCGGCUAAGAAAGGUGACAGUGAGGCCGAUGAACAGGAUGAUGCGCCUGAACCGGAAGAGAAGUCCCAGGAGGAAGAUCUGGGCUUUAACGACCCAUUCUUUGACGACCCUUCUGGCAAGGAAUCUACUGCAGCUCGCCGCAAAGAGGAAAAACGGAAGAAGCGGGAGGAGCGUGCUGCGGAGGAAGCUGCAGCCGCCGCUAAGCGAGCCGAGCUGGAGUUGUUAAUGAUGGACGAUGAAAACAAGAAUAUCAAGCACUUCGACAUGAAUGAGAUCGAAAAGGCCGAAAAACAAGCCCGUAAAAAGGGCAAGGGCAAAGGAAAAGGCAAGCAGGCGGCACAAGUGGUGGACGACUUCCAGAUGGAUGUCAGCGACCCGCGUUUUUCCCGUUUGUUCGAGAGUCACGAAUUUGCUAUUGAUCCUACCAAUCCUCGCUUCAAGGCGACAUCUGGUAUGAAGCAAUUGCUGGAAGAAGGACGUAAGCGGCGUAGAAACCGGGAUGAUCGUGCGGACGAGGAAGAGGUCAGCCGCAAUGAUCAGAAGAAGACGAAGAAGCAGAAGAAGAGCGAAUCCACAGAAGGUGGAUCAGAGGAUCUGAAAAAGUUGGUGGACAAAGUGAAGCGGAAGACGCAGAAGAGUUGAUUGGUUGUAUGAUUCAGGCGAAGAUCACCAAAUUCUAGGGCAACGGCCAAACUGGAUAUGGAUAGAAUAAGCAGAUAAGCAUAAAUUAAUU